CAGGCCAUAAUCUUUGUACUAGUCGGCCAUGGUAUAACCACAGAUUACGGAUAUUCGUAAUCUGUGGUAUAACUAUGUAGGCAACCAUCGCAACGAUUACAACCCGGAACCUGGAAUCUUUGAUUUUGACAGUUGGCUUUCAUUUUCCAAAUGGUAGAGGUUAUGUUUUCACAAACAACAAUACAAUCGACAUGGAAAUAUUAGAAUUUAAAGACUUAAAGUGUAUACCAGACAUUGUCCACUCCUACACCCCAGCUCUUCGUAACAACAGCGUCCCCAUAGUAAUCGAUAAUGGUUCCUACCAGUGUCGAGCCGGCUGGGCCACCAGCCCGGAGCCACUCCUCCUUUUCAAAAACCUCAUAGCGAAACCACGGAAAGAACGAUCCAAAAAAGACACAGUUGAAGCCAUACAAACCCCUCAGCUGCAAGUAGGCAACGACAUAGUUAACAUUGAAGCUGUGCGUUUCCAGUUGAAAACACAGUUUGACAGAGACGUCGUAACACAUUUUGAGGCACAGGAGCACCUUUUUGAUUACACUUUUAGUCAUUUGGGGAUUGACACAGAUAAUUCUAUCCCACAUCCUAUUGUGUUGACGGAGGCUCUGUUAAAUCCCAAUUCAUCAAGACAGUUGAUGUCUGAGUUGCUGUUCGAGUGUUACUCAGUCCCUGGAAUCUCUUAUGGUAUUGAUUGCUUGUUCUCCUACCAUUUUAAUGAGGUUAAACCACAAAAGAACGCCUUGAUUGUGAAUGUUAGUUAUCAUACCUGUCACGUGGUGCCGAUUCUUGAAGGGAAAAUUGUUUUUGAGAAUGCGAGGCGGUUGAAUACGGGAGGUUUCCAUGUGAUUUCUUUUUUGCAUAGGAUAUUACAAUUAAAAUAUCCAGCACACGCUACUUCAAUUACGUUAAGUCGGGCUGAGGAACUGUUGCAUGGAAUUUGUGAAGUUGCUUUAGAUUAUAGGGAGGAGUUGGCCAGGUGGACUGAUCCAGGAUAUUAUGAAGAACACAUUAAGAAAAUUCAGUUACCUUAUAGUGUAUCUUUGGCGAGUUCAGCACUUACGCUGGAACAACAAAAAGAAAGAAAACGCGAGCUCGCCCGCCGCCUCAUCGAAAUCAACGCCCGAAAACGCGAAGAACGCCUCGUUGAAGAUGAAGAGAAACUCAACCAACUUCUCUAUAUUCAAGAAAUGGUCGAAGCGGACGUCGACAAAGACGAAAUCGAAAAAGCAUGCGCCGAAUACCAAAUAAAGCACCUCCAGGAUCUGCAAAAACAAAUCAAUACCCUGAACGCCAAAAUAGAAAAGACCAAACAAAAAAUCCUAGCGUCCAACAAUUCGGAAGAAGUCGAAGAACCACCCAACAAACAGCCCAAACACAACAAAAUAGUGUUCGAAAGCGAAAAAGCAAUGCAUAUAUUUUUGCAGAAUGCGAAGAAAAUGAGGCAAGAAAUUCUGAGCAAAAAAAUGACCAGGAAACAACGGAAGCAAGACAUGGCGAAGAGAAGAACUGCUGCUGGGCAAGAGAGAAUGAGGAUUAUUUCUCAGUUGGCGCGAAAAGAAAAAGGAAAUGACGAUUUUGGGUUGAGGGAUGAAGACUGGGAUAUUUAUAAAGCGAUAAGUAAAGACGGUGGCGAUUCUGACAGCGAGGCCGAAAACGAGAAACUUCUAGAACUCGACGAGAUAAUAAGAACCCACGAACCUUCUGACCUAGACGAAACCACUAAUCCAGGGGAAACCCAUCAACUUCACGUGGGUAUAGAACGCUACCGUGCGCCAGAACUACUCUUCAAACCGUAUAUGUUGGGGUCUGCAGAAGCUGGUCUUUCUGAAGUUAUAGGUUACGUUUUUUCGUUGUUCAAUACGGAAGAUCAGUUGAAAUUGGCGGAGAAUGUCGUUGUGAUGGGGGGUUUGGCCAAUUUGCCAGGCCUACAACAGAGACUUUUGUCAGAUUUAAUCAGUAUUCGACCUUUUCAGUCUGUGGUUAAUGUGAGGAUUGUUAGCAAUCCGAGUCUAGGGGGCUGGUUUGGGGCGAAAAAGUGGGCGAGGUCGAGUGAGUUGAAGGAGAAUUUGUUGACUAGAGAGAUGUAUGAUGAGUGUGGGCCAGAGUAUUUUAAAAUUCAUGUGGCUUCGAAUCCGUUUUACCCGACACCGAAAGGGCAAGAGAUAGAUAUAGAUGUUUCGUAAAUUAAUUAUUUAUAUAAGAGUGUGAAAAAAAAAUUAAGUCAGUGAAAA